UUCAAUUAUUUGUUCAUCACGUACUUGUAGUCUUUGUACCGACAUUCAACAUUGUUGAUAAAAUGGAAACAGAAAGGCCGGAGACGGAGUUAAUAUCAAUACCAGCAACGCCGGAAAUAUUAACUCCGUCGGGGCAAAGGUCGCCAAGACCAAUGUCGUUGUCAAAAGAAGGUGGGAAUAAGUCAUGGACCCCGACUUCAUUUAUAUCACCAAGGUUUUUAAGUCCAAUAGGGACACCAAUGAAAAGAGUGUUGGUUAAUAUGAAAGGAUAUUUAGAAGAAGUUGGUCAUUUGACUAAAUUAAAUCCACAAGAUGCAUGGCUUCCUAUUACCGAGUCAAGAAAUGGGAAUGCACAUUAUGCUGCUUUUCAUAACCUUAAUGCUGGUGUUGGCUUUCAAGCUUUGGUUUUGCCUGUUGCUUUCUCUUUCCUUGGCUGGAGUUGGGGCAUAGUGUCAUUAACCAUAGCCUAUUUUUGGCAACUAUACACUUUGUGGAUCUUGGUUCAACUUCAUGAAGCAGUUCCAGGAAAGAGAUACAAUCGAUACGUCGAACUUGCUCAAGCUGCUUUUGGGGAACGGCUCGGGUUAUGGUUAGCUCUAUUCCCCACGGUUUACUUGUCUGCUGGAACUGCAACAGCAUUGAUUCUUAUAGGAGGCGAGACAAUGAAACUUUUCUUCGAGAUUGUUUGUGGGCCUCUUUGCACUUCAAAUCCUUUAAGCACUGUUGAAUGGUAUUUGGUUUUCACCUCGUUGUGUAUUGUCUUGUCUCAGCUCCCAAACCUCAACUCUAUUGCCGGACUUUCACUCAUAGGGGCAAUCACCGCAAUCGUUUACUCAACCAUGGUUUGGGUUCUAUCCGUUAGCCAAGAACGCCCGCCUAAUAUCUCCUAUGACCCUGUGUCAAUACCUUCCUUUUCAGCAUCCCUUUUUUCGUUUCUUAAUGCACUUGGUAUCAUUGCAUUUGCAUUUAGAGGCCACAAUCUAGUCCUCGAGAUUCAGUCUACGAUGCCAUCAACGUUCAAGCAUCCGGCUCAUGUGCCAAUGUGGAAAGGAGCAAAGGUUGCAUAUUUCUUCAUUGCAAUGUGUUUGUUCCCUGUGGCAAUUGGUGGUUAUUGGGCAUAUGGAAACCUUAUGCCCUCAGGAGGGAUGCUGAAUGCACUUUAUGCAUUCCACAGUCAGGAUAUAUCAAGAGGGCUGCUAGCGAUGACAUUCCUACUAGUCGUCUUUAGCUGCUUGAGUAGCUUUCAAAUAUACUCAAUGCCUGUUUUUGACAGUUUUGAAGCCAGCUACACCAGCCGCACUAACCGGCCAUGCUCUGUAUGGGUUCGGUCUGGUUUUAGAGUGGUUUACGGGUUUAUCAAUUUCUUCAUAGGUGUCGCACUCCCUUUUCUUGCCAGCCUUGCUGGUUUGUUAGGAGGGCUAACUCUUCCAGUUACAUUUGCUUAUCCAUGUUUCAUGUGGGUUCUUAUCAAGAAACCUGCGAAGUAUAGCUUGAACUGGUACUUUAACUGGACACUCGGUUGGCUAGGUAUCGCCUUCAGUUUAGCGUUUUCGUUUGGGGGCAUUUGGAGCAUGGUCAACAGUGGACUUAAGCUGAAGUUCUUCAAGCCUAACUAAUGCUUGCUUGCAACUGUUUAGAAAACUAUAUGUUUGUGGAAGUAAGUUAUUCGAAUUCUAAUGUUAAUUAUGUGAUUCA